GAAGACGCACAACAAGGAAGGCUUUGUAAACAUAGGAUGCUGCAGAGAGAAAACCGAAGAAAAUGAGUAAGUCAUCAGUGGGAAAGGAGUGCGUAGCUUGGAAAUUAAAAACUUAAAUAGAUUCAUACUCCAGGGGAGGAACAUGGAGGAGGGAGAGCGGAUACAUCCCGGAGUCAACCCGGACUGGAUGUCCGGUUUGCCGGAGGGACUGCUCGAUGUCCCGCUGUGGAACCUGGCCAUUCCCGGGAGCCAUGACAGCAUGUCUUUCUGCCUGGAUGUCUCCUCACCUGUCCUAAAAUCAGAGCCCCGCCCCCUCAGAAUGGUAGACAGGCUGUGUCCCUGCUGGACUCGACCGUGUGUUUCCCGCUGGGCCACCACACAGGAAUCAGUCCUCAAUGAUCAGUGCGAUCUCGGCAUUCGUUUCUUCGACCUUCGGAUCGCCAGGAAGCCAGGCGGAGGCAGCAAGUUGUUCUUCGCUCACGGCAUCUACACUGUGAUCACUGUGAAGGAGGCUCUGGCUGAAUUAGCCACCUGGUUGGACACUCAUCCUAAAGAGAUCGUGAUCAUUUCCUGCUCGCACUUUGAAUCACUGACUGAUGGAGAUCACAGCAACCUGGUGGACUUCAUCAUCACGUUGUUCGAAAGCAAACUCUGCCCCUCGAAGGAUAUUCCCACUCUAAGCUCCUGUUGGUCCAAAGGUCAGCAGGUUAUUGUUUCCUACGAUGACCAAGAGAUGAUACUGAAGCACCCAGAGCUGUGGCCCGGGAUAACCUACUGGUAUGCUGACAGCCCUGACCCUAAGAAGGUGAUCGCUUACCUGGAGGAGCAGAAGAGCAAAGGACGACCAGAUGGUUUUUACGUCAGCGGUCUAAACCUGACAGAAGACGCUCCCUACAUUUUCUUCCAUCCCCUCCAGACCAUGAAGAAAAUGACGAUGCACGCUCUCUCCCUCUUACUCCAGUGGGCGAGCAAGCAGCAGCCAGGUGGGACUGAGGUGGGCGGAGUCAACAUCCUCUGCUGUGACUUUGUGGACAUCAGUCAGUUCUGCUCGGUUGUGAUCAGCCUGAACUACAAACUGCUCGAUCGUCGAUUCAUCCAAAGAUGAUCACAAGAAUUCCUUUUUAAAUGUUUUCUUUGUUCUUCUCCAGUUUGUCUUUUCCAAUUUAAUGAAGCCAAUCUGUUUUAAUUUAACUAUCAGUCUUAAUCAUGAAGGUUUUGUUUACAGGGGAUUGACUGCACUUUAGACACCCUCUGUGUAAAAUAGCCACACAUUCCUUGAUCUUUAUAUUUAUACUUUUUACAAGCAUUGUAUUUUUUAAACUGUAUGUGUUGUUUUUUAUUGCACUGGAACUUUGGAUGCACAUUCAUUGUUUUAUUUGAAUGGAAAGCAGGUGCUGUUUUGUGCACUAAAUGUUCAAAAAUGCUUUAUUGGAAUUAAUGGUAUGUUUUUAUACACUAUAAAAACACUUCACGACA